AAGAAAGAAAAAGACGACGAGCGCUGGCGUUUCGCUAGCGUUUGACUACUUCACGGUCCUUCACUCUAUGACUACUUUUCGUGUAGAACACUGAGCAGGGGCCUGGUGGUCAAUUUUCUUUCUUUCAGUGUGCGCUCGCAGGAUAAGUUAAAGGUGAAAGAACGCAUACACAUUGCUGGGAGCUACGUCGAGUUAGUGAACUGCCGUUAAUGUGAAGCAACUCGUCAUCGCAUUUUCGAUAUACUACGCGCGGGUCGAAGACAACGACGUGUUGGCAGUUGCAAGUGACGAAGACGACGGCGCGGAGCCUGCAGAAGCCGUUGCGCGGUGAGGUGCGCGAGGAGGUAGUCCGAGCGCCUCUGUCCGUUGUAAAUCCCCUGCAGGAGCCGACGUGAGUCUGUACACGUCCCGUCUUCGACGGUCGGUGUGCUCCGAGGAAGAGAGCGCGCCUGUUCGUGGUAGUUUCUCAGCCGGCAGCUGCUACACCUUACGAGUGCAGGAGUUCGAGCGGCCUCGCCAAGAGCCGCCGCCUCGCAAGCCGCAAACCGUAAAAGAAGCUCCUAGCCUGCGGCUGACCACUGCGAAGAUGGCCUGCGCAACGCUCAAGCGAGCGAGCAGCUGUGACCCGCUCGGCUCCAACGGAAAACCAGCGAAGCGACGACGGUUCUUCGCACCAGUGUCUGUUGCCGCGCCACCUGCUCCACGUCAUAUUCCUCCAACGAGGGCGCACCAGGCCCGCUCGUCGCCCUUCAUCAACGUGACGCCGAGGUUGACGUCCGAAGAGAUCGAAGCCAACGUCCGCGACGAGAUGUCGCGACUCCAGCGACGCAGGCAGCUGUUCGUCCAGCAGGGCUCGCCAGACAGCCCGGCCGUGCUCGAUACGCUGCCGCCGCAGGGCGCGAAGUCGGACCAGCCUGUCUUCACGUUCCGCCAGGUGGGCCUGAUCGUCGAGCGCAUGGUCAGCGAGAGGGAGAGGCAGCUCUGCGAGGUCUACGAUGGCGUCCUGUCGGCGAAGCUCGCCGAACAGUACGACGCGUUCGUCAAGUUCACACACGACCAGAUCCAGAAGCGCUUCGAAGGGGUCACGCCGAGCUACUUGUCUUAGCGAUACCCGUGCCAUGGCGUAAGACAGAUCGAGUGGCAGCAAGAGAGUGUGGGCGCGGAAGAGCAUCUUGGCCUCGACAGCAACGGCGGUCGUCGUCGAGUGCGCGUCGUCGUUUUGGCGUCUCAUUGAAAAACUGCAGCGCGUUGUCUCACCAGCCGGUUGAACUUUAGAUAAGGCUAACGCACGCGAGUGCCGCGGUACAUUGCAAGCAGUGUGAAAUUUUCAUUGCGCGACUCCCAUGUCAUCUUGGCGUCAGCUUUGCUCCUGUAAUGUGUGCUGCACCUUCUUUGUUAGCAACGCUGUUUGUCAUUAAAAGUUUUAGCAGGGUGUA